GUAGGCGGCGAAAAUGAACAUAGUCACAAACGAAGCCAGGUGAACAUCGCAGGCAGAAAAACGGUGGAAACAGAGCGCAUCAUGGCUUGAGAUGGAAGUCCAUUCUUCUUCUUCAGGGCAAUAAAAAAGUGAUGGCGAGGCCAGUCAUAGAGUUUGAGUUGAUUGAUAGUGAGGAGAUGGCGGCAAUAGAGCUAGCUAUGGCGCCAUUUGACAAGCUGGCUGUGUCAUCGUCUUACCACUCCCAGAAGAAGAAGUGUGAGAAAGGGGGGGAGGCCUUCGUGCCGCGGGCAUGCAUGGAUUCGAGUUCCAGCCCUUGGAUGAUGACCCCAAAAAAAGCGUCAUCGCCAGCAGUUGGAUCUGCAGGAAGAAGGCAAAGUAUGGGGGGAGCCGUGAUGGAGAGAGAGGUGGUGGUGGGGGAGGUGGUGCUAGGUAAGGCUCUGCAGCGGGCUCACCAUCUGUCUCUUUCCCCACGUUCCAGAGAGGGGAGGGAGGGCACGGAGAGAGAGAAUUACCGACAAGUCAGUAGCACAUGCAUUGGGUCUGGCUAUGGUGGAGGGAACUUGCAGGAAGAAGACAAAGGUAGAGGAGGAGGAGGAGGGCGACUUCUCAGAGAAGAAGAAAGAAGCAGGACCAGUAGGAGAGACAGCGAUAGCUAUGGGGGAAGAGGGAGGAUGAUAGAGGAAGAAGAAGGCCAAGAGGGAGAAGGAGGGGAGGAAGACGAAGAAGAAUGGAGGCUUGACAAGCAGGAAAGAAGCAGCACCAGCGUGACAAACCGCCAUAGCCAGGGACCUUCUUCUCCUGGUCACUUGGCAGAAGAGAGGGGGCAAAGGGAAAGGGAAAGUGAAGUGGACGAUCCACGUGUCAGCAGACAAACAUCUACUGUACGUCAGAGAUUGGCAAGUCCUUCUUCAUCAUGGAAAAGUGCUGCAGAUCAUAUUGAUCUUAAGGAUAAGCAAGACGGCUUCAUGAGGAGGGGGAGUGACCGCCAUUGGCCGGGAUCGCCCGGAUUGCUGAAACAGCAGGCUAUGGGGAUGUCUGACGAUGGGAGCAAGGAGAGGGGCAACGAACCUCAUGCGAGCCAUGUUGUCGAGGAGUUCCAAUUACGAUGUGGUCCCGGCGGAACUGUUCCGAGGUCCAGUGGUUAUUCUGGGACUCCCACCUCCCCACAAAAGGCCCGUGUAGCCUUUUUCCGUGGGCAGAGAGGGUCAACCCAUGUACUUUCUGCUAAUACUACUACUGCUCCAGCUCCUUCCGCCGGUGUCGUUUCGGUUACUGCUCCUGGUCCUCCUUCUGGUUCUGGUGCAGGCGCCGGUUCCGGUGAUGUUGCUGGCUCUGGUUUUGGUUUUGGUUCUGGUUCUGGUGCUGGUGCAAGUUCUGGUGCUGGUUCUGGUGCUGGUUCUGGUGCUGGUUUUGGUGCUGGUACUCGUGCCCGUGCUGGUUCUGUUGCAGGUUCUGGUUCUGCUCCUGGUGCUGGUGCAGGUUCUGGUUCUGGUUCUGGUUCUGGUUCUGUUCCUGGUACUGUUGACCAUCAUGAUUACAUGGGAGAAGAAGAAUUCGGCAGUCUGCUGGAACGCAGAAGCUCUUUCUGCAGAUCAGGUGGGAACUGGAUAUGGCAGCAGCAGCGACUGGAAUUUGCGUUGGCAGACGAAAAGUCAACACGAGGGAGGUCAGCGACUGAGGAGACUGAGAGUUUGACCAACUCCAUCGCUCGUUCGGGCAGGGAAUUCGCGAUGAAAUGCAGCGUGGGACCGGUUGACGCGGACCAAGUAGCCCCGGAGUCAACGUUGCCACAUGGCUUUCGUUCUCCUCGCACUCCCCGGAGACAAAAUCAAGACACGGGUGGCGUCCAUGCUCCUCCUGCCAUAGCUUCUGCUUCUUCUUCUCCUUCUCCUUCUGCUGCUGCUGCUUCCGCGGCUGCGAAUGAUAUAGUUGAGGAGGUGGCUCCCAUUCUAUACCCUCCCUCUGUUCCCUGUGAAGGAGAAGAGAGCGGGCUGCUGCCAUUACACAAGAAGCAUCGACGAGUGCUUCCUGCUUGGAUGACUGGUAAUCGGCCAUCUGGCAAGCUCAGUUUCGAUGGUCGGCCAGCCGGCAAGUUGACUUCGGAUAGUCGGUCAGCUGAAAAGUCGACGUUGAGUAAUCGAUCCGCCGAAACGUCAACUCUCGAUGAUCGGUCAGCUGAAAAGUCGACUCUGGAUAAUCGAUCUGCCGAAAAGUCAACUUCGGAUAUCCGGUCCGCCGAAAAGUCAACUUUGGAUAACCGAUCUGCCAAAAAGUCAACUUUGGAUAAUCGAUCUGCCGAAAAGUCAACUUCGGAUAAUCGAUCCGCUGAAAAGUCAACUUUGGAUAACCGAUCCGCCAAAAAGUCAACUUUGGAUAAUCGAUCUGCUGAAAAGUCAACUUCGGAUGAUCGGCCAGCUUCAAAGUCAAAUUCAACUUCUUCGGGGAUGAAUGAUGUGUGGGCACGUGGCCGUGGUAGUCCUGUUUGCACACUCCCAUUCGUUCAGUUUCGAGGCUGGAUCAGCUAUGCUAUGACGACCGAGGAAGUUGAUGCUGCUGUGGAGGAUAUUCUUGCAGGAAGGGGACAAGGUGCAUUGCGAGGCAUUGACAAUGGCAACAAUAAUGGAACUGGGGAUCCCUCUGCUGAUGGGAAGAUGUGCCUGGGAUUCGACAUUGAGUGGAAAGUCAGCUUUGAAAAGGGAGGUGGACCUGGAAAAGCAGCAUUAUUGCAGCUCUGCCCAGAUUCACGGAGAUGCUAUUUGCUUCACAUUGUACAUAGCGGGAUCACCCCAGCGCUUCGGGAGCUUCUGGAAUCACCGUUCAUCUUGAAAUCUGGGGUUGGAUCUCCGGGGGAUGCGUCGAAACUAUGGAGGGACUAUGGAGUCCUUUGUGGAGGCAUAGUGGACUUGGGUGAUCUGGCCAAUCAGAAGCUUUGUAAGAAAGAACGCCAGAGGAGGUGGAGCCUCACAGGGCUUGCCCAAGAGCUGAUGUGUAAGCAGGUCGACAAGGUUCCGGCUGUGCGUGUAAGCAACUGGGAAGCCAUCCCAUUAUCUGAUGCCCAAGUCAAGUAUGCAGCAACCGACGCCUUUGUAUCUCUCGCCUUGUAUCAGAUUCUUCAAUCCCUUCCCGAUCUGCCAUCACCCUCUACGUCGUCACGGCCAUCUCCAUCUCCUUCUUCGCCCUCGUCGAGGCCACGCGGGUCAAACGGAAGAGUCGCGGAGCCGGAGGCGGAAGCAGUGCCGAAUGCCGAACGACAGACACCAGCAAAUCGUACUUCACAACCUUUGCCUUUGCGUCCCAGGAACACGAGAGACUCGUCAGAGUGCUCGCACAUCGGGGAAUUGGGAAGCGGCCCAAGUUCUGCGACAGAAGGGAAAUCUGCUGCCACGGAGGAGUUGUGGUUCGACCAACUGGUUGAGGUAUCCUACCUUCCACACUCCAAACGAGAGACACAUAGAUUGCAUUACGAACAGGGGAUGGGGAUCGAAGAGAUCGCAAAGGAGCGGGGGAUUAAGCAGACGACUGUGGAAAGCUAUCUGGCCGACGCAAUUGUUUCUGGCUAUCCGUUUGCAAGGCACAGAUUAGGUAUCGAUGACAGGGCAAGGAAAGCGGCGGAGAUGGCCCUGCGUGCUGAGCUGGGGAUAGAAGAAGUGAGCGAUGGCGCUGGAAGCAGCGACAAUGGAUCAUCAUGUCAGAAUUCUAACACUCAUAGCCAUGCCACUAGCAGAGCCGGUAGCAGCACCAACGUUCGACGGCAGUGGGAAUUGCCUGGUGUCGAUGAGAAUGUUAUUACCCCAAGAGAAAGGGAAAAGAAAGGAUACUCUGCCGCCGCCGCUGCAUCUGCCUCAGCAGCAGCAGCAGCAGCAGCAACAACUGCAGCAGUUGUCACUGCUGGAGGUCUUCCUGCUGGAACCGUUACUCCAGGAGCAGUUCUGAAUGUGGUGGUUGGGUCAUUCAUUGCGAGGAGCAAUAUGCACAGGGGAGGGCAUUUGUGUGGAGAUGAUGGCAGUGGCAUUGAUAAUGCCCCACAAUCAGAUCCUGAUCCUGGUGCUGAUCCUGGUCAUAAUGGAGUUAAACGCCGAGGUGCAUCAGUGGUGCGGGCCAAUGAACAGCCGGUACCGGUGGAGAUGCCACAGAUACGAUAUGGUGCGGUCCUGGAGAGGCUUCCUGAUGGUCAUAAUGUAACAUAUUCCCAGGUAAGGAUUGUAGCAGCGUGCAUGGCACGGAAGGGGGAGUUAUCAAAGCGCAGGAUUGACUAGUAGUAGUAGUAGUAGUAGUAGUAGUAGUAAUAGUAGCAGUAGUAAAGGAUUAUGAACUUA